CUAUACUCAGUUACGAUGCCCCGAAGGUGUUGUAUGCCGAAUUGCAGGGGUAAUUACGAUAAUGGACCUAAAGUCAGUGUAUUUUAUUUUCCAUCUGACGAGAAUUUAAGACGAAAAUGGUUAUCGGCUGUUCACAGACAAGACUGGACACCGAGUAAGCACUCUGUUAUAUGUGAACUGCAUUUCAACAAGGACGACAUUUUAAGCAGUACCAGCAUGUAUGACCCGAAAACUGGUAUACUCUUGACAGCACCGUUGGAUCGUCGACGCUUGAGAAAAGAUGCUAUCCCAUCGAAGUUGCCUGGAUGCCCAUCUUACUUGUCGAGUCAUCAAACUGCAGUACGAGAGGACCCAGAAAUUCGUAGGGGGCGUUUAGAAAAUCGUGCUCUUCAAAUUGCUAUCCAAGAAAGUGUGGACACACAUGCGAAAAUGAUUGAUGCGAUAUCGGUCGAUAGUUUAGAACAAAUGAAAACAAAGUUGAGUGAAUGUGAAAAGCACAGUGACUGGGUAGUGAUAAACAAAUCUGACAGUGUGAGCCUAGUGUUACUAAAGCAUAAUCCUUACCCAAGAAUUUUUUGCCACGUAGUUAUAAGCAGUGGUUUAUUACUCAGUGUCUUCAAUAAUGAUAUUGAAGUGAAAUGUAUUGGAAACAUGAAAUUUCCCAUGAAAGUAAACAACAUACAGGUGAGCAUGGAAUCACCUUACAAGGAUGUGGUGUCUAUUCUGCCAGUUCAUACUAUUCAGGGUGAUGUUCUGUUCUCUUACAUUAAAGCAGUCAUUGUUAAAUUAGAAGCAGUUGGAUUUGAGGUGGUUGGUAUAGUAGCAGACAAUAAUGCAAUUAAUAAGAAAGCAAUGUCUAAGUUUUCUACUCCUCCAGAUGUGAAAAUAAAAUUUGUGAAUAAAACAGUGAGUAGUCCACCAGGAAACUGUUUAAUGUUUUCAUAUACGUGGCGCAGAGCCUAA